GGCUGGGGAUAAUGUAACUCCACGAUCAUCAAACAUCUCCGCGAGAAGCCUGUGUUUCAAGUGUCAGUCUCGUGGCAUACUUACCUAGGUAAACUACCUACCUAGAUAGGUAGUAUGAUAUUUUAUCUCCCCUCCAGGCGUUCGCUCGCUCGCCGAAAGGAUCCGGCUCUUGAGACAUGACAGAGGAGGAGGCACAGCCAAAUCCUUCUGACUGCCCAACUAUGGAAGAAAAUGAAGCCAUAUAGGCUCUCACAAAACUGCAGGUUCCAGGGGGACAAUCUGCGUGAAGGUAUUAUUAGAUCGACGUGGGAUGUCUGUUCAAUUGUUAUAAUACGAUGCCGAACACACGCUUUCGCGCUGAUGGUCGAGCAACGGCCUUGAUAUCGAGCUGUAACUUUCUUUCAUUCUGAAGAUACCCACUUUCAUUCACUCCCUUCAAAGUUCGAGAUACUACGGGUGUAGCCAUGCGUGUUCAGGCAGGAUUCCUCACGCUCUUUCUUAUGUCUCGGGGAACAAGCGCACUUUAUGACUUGCCCGAUGCACCACUAAAUCGCGAUAGACAGCUCAUUGAUAUUUUCGAUACAAUUCAUUCGGAUGUUCUCAAGCGAAGCACACAUGAUGCAAGGUUCCCUUUGAAUUUUAAUGUUGCAAAUCAAGUCUUGUCGAGUGGGAAAUUCCAAGGCGCCCAGUUGUCAGUGAAAUGCGUCGAAUGCAGUACAACCGGGGAGGUUGUAGCCUCUGCUAUGCUACCAGACAUCAGCGACAUCGAUAUCACACAACCCGGGGAUGUCUUCGAUGACUCUAUGCUAGGGCUUACGUUCAAUGGGGUUGGUGCAACUAUUGACCUAGACCUCACGGCGGCGGCAUCAGGAGACUUUUCUGUCCCGCUACUCACAUCAGAGAGUCCGAUUGGAGUUUCUGGCCCGGGAUUUCAAAUCGGAGUUGUAUUCUCUGUAGACCUCGUCCUCAAAGUUGACGGCGAGGUCGAAACGGAAGGGGGUUUCAAGGUUACCAUUCCCGAUGGCGCAUCGUUUAUCAUUCUAUUUGACGACUCAAAACCAAACGUUGCCAAAUUUAACGGCGCCUCAGCCUCUCUGCUACCUAUCACAGUCAACCUACCAGCUAGCGUAACAGCAGCUCUACAACUAAAGGUCGAAGCCGGUGUAAUGCUCCCAGAUAUCAAAGUCUUUGAAGCAAAGGCGCUCGCCGGCGCAUCCAUCUCAAUCCCCGAACUGAUCCUCAAAGAAUCAGCAUCCUUCCCAUCCAAGACAUGCGCGGUCCCCGUGUCCGCAGAGGUAAACAUCAACGCGGGCGUAUUCGUCGACAUUGGCGCAGAUAUAGCAGGCAUCGACCUCGGCGAUUUCAAUCCCACAGCUUCGACGACGUUGUUCGCGGCCUCGACGAGCACUUGUCUGAAGUCUGUCGGCGGCAACAGUACGGCUACAGCUACACCCAGUGCCACGAGGCAUUCUGGGGGUACGAUUCCUACGAAAGACUCGGACAAAUCUAGCUCAUCCUUCCCGAGUCCUACCACGUUUUCUACCGCACGCACGUCCGCCCCGCAGAGUCUUCCGUCGCAGGAUACUAGCAAAUUCGGAGCGCCGAGCUCCUUUGCCGUGUUUGCUCGUGCGACGCACGCAAGGCGCAGUGCCUACCCUAUUACGCUGCAAAGCCUGGCCACGCCUAUUAUCAACUUCGCGACGGCGAUUCCAACCGUAGCAUAUGCGUAACCAACUAGCCUUGGCAAUCUCGUGAGAUAUAUUCCCAGGUCACAAAGACUAGGUACCUACUUAUUGUACACCUCCGGGGUUUUAGUGUUAGUCACUACCUCCAUAAUUAUAAGUUGGCUAUAACCUUAUUAUGCCCUUAAUAUUGCCUGAAUAUUUAGCGGCUAUAGUGAUUAGACCUGAAUUACACGUUUAAUAUAAUAAGUGUACUUCAGGUAAGGAUUAAUAUACAACUCUUGUUCUUUUUCUAAGUAUUUCUUGUAUGUACCCUGCGUUAUACACCUAUUGGGAAACAAUUGAUGAAAUUGACGCAACUUGUACCUAAGCGUGUUAAGCGGCAAAUCCGUCGAGUCAUUACUAGGAAGUUCUCCAGCUUUUAAGUCGCCUGCUUCUCCUCUGUAGCCCGUUCACCCUAGCAACGGCGUUAGAGACUUCCAACUCAAGUUAUGAUGUGUAUACCUACACCAAGAACUAUGCGUCAUAUACGUAGUAUAUCAUUACUGGCACGUUGAUUUUGUAACCCGAAGUCCGAAAUCC